AGGGAGCGCGGGGUGGGCAGCAGCACCGGGCAGGGCUGGGCUGGGCUGGGCGGCAGCGCUCCUCGGCAGCGCCCGUGCAGCAGUCCCUCGGCGCCGGCAGCAUGGGCAGCUCUACCUCCAGCCUGCUGGACGAGAGCAAGUGCACGUACAUCCGAGGAAAAACAGAGGCUCUCAUCAAAAACUUCAGCCCGCACUACAGACGCCAGUAUGCGGUGGCUUUCUGCAAGCAUGUGCAGGAUGAGCUGGAGCAGCACCGGGAUUCCCAGUCCCAGUUCCUGAAAAACAAGCCCCCGAUGGAAGCUGGGGUGGUCUUAUAUGAAGCACAACUGCUGCAUUUUGCCGAGGAUCUGAAGAAGUGGAAGGACAGAUAUGUUGUUAUCAAAAAUGAUUACACAGUGGAUUGCUUUGAGACUAAAGAGGCCUACCAGAAAGGAGCCAGCCCUAAAUAUCAUGUUAUUCCUGCAGGAGGCAAAGUACUGACUUCAGAAGAAGAUUACAAUUCGCUAUCUGACAAACAUUUUCCAGAUCCUGUUGGUUCAAGUGAGAAGGAGGUUGCUCAAGCCUUUGUUCAGCUGCCAAGGGAGUUCCCAGUUUACCUGUGGCAGCCCUUUGCCCGGCACAGCUACUAUUGCUUCUCAGAGCCAGAAGCUCAGAGGCAGUUCAGUGCCGUGCUGUCAGACUGCGUGAGACACUCAAACCAUGAUUUUCUCAACCAGACAACAUAUGAAGUUGAGGCAUUCUUAGAAGCCAUUCAAUUCUUCCGGCAGGAGAAAGGCCACUAUGGGAUGUGGGAAAUGAUAACUGGUAACGAAAAAGAGAUCCUGAGCAACCUUGUGAUGGAGGAACUCCUGCCUAACCUUCAAACAAUGAUCCUGCCUAAAAUGAAAGGAAAGAGAAAUGAUAGGAAGCGGACCUGGUUUGGUAUCGUAGAAGAAACUUACAGCUUAGUUCAGCAGCAAGUGUCAGAAGGAUUAAGUACCUUGAAAGAAGAAUGCAGAGAUUUUGCAAAAACUCUUGAAGGAACGAUUCGUUCAGACAUUGAUCAGAUUCUGAACUCCAAGAACUUCUUAGCUGGAAAAAUCAAAGCCACUGUUUCUGAGCCUGCUCAGAAGUGCUGCACCGAAAAUAUCCAGCCAUUUCUCACUUCCAUAUUAGAGGAGCUCAUGGGUCCAGUGAGUUCUGGAUUCACUGAAGUCCGUUCACUUUUUGAUAAAGAAGUUAAUGAAAUCAUCCAGGACUUCCAGAAGACAAAUGAUAUCACAAAGCUAAAGGAGAACAUGGAUCAGCUUACAAACCUGCCACUCAACUCUGUGAAAAUGGAGCCCUGCUAUCUGAAAGUGAAUCUCCUCCAGGAGCUCCUUCAAGACCUCAAGAGUCGCUUCAAGGUCUAUCACAUUGAUUUUGUGAUUCAGAGGACACAGAACUUUAUGCAAGAGCUGAUGGAAAAUGCAGUUUAUACUUUUGAGCAGUUGUUCUCUCCAAGUUGCCAGGCAGACUCAGCGAAAGUUGCAACCACCAUUGAAAAAGUCAAGCUGAGAGUACUGAAGCAAUAUGAUUAUGAUAGCAGCACUAUCCGGAAGAAGAUAUUUCAAGAAGCACUGGUACAGAUUACUUUGCCCACAAUGCAGAAGACACUGGCUUCAAUGUGCAAACCAGAGUUGCAGAAAUACGAGCAGUUCAUUUUUGCUGAUUACACUAGUGUGAUUCAAGUAGAAAAUGUGUAUGAAGAGAUUUUAUAUCAGACACUGCUUGAAGAAACCCUGAAAGUGAUAAAAGAAGCUGCCAUUAUGAAGAAGCACAACCUCUUUGAAGAUAACUUGAAUUUGCCCUGUGAAAGCGUGUCCAGCUUAACAGACCUGAAGACCCCUUCAGGAUCAGCACAAACCACUCCUGCGAAGAAGCCUUCCACCGCUCGAGCUGAGAUGUCAGACACUGAAACUCAGAGUGAUGAAAUGCUCAUUGUGACAGGAAAAAUUUCUUGGGAGAAGGAUCAUGAUGAUAGAAAGUCAUCAGACAAAGAGGCAGUCACUUCUGUUAAAACAGCUAGUGAUCAGGCAAGCAAAAGUGAAGAAGUGUUCCAUAUAGACAUUGGCCAAGACCAGGAGUCCCUUUCAGCUAUACUUACAAAACAAGAAGUUGUAGAGAAAAAAAGCACUUUGGAGAAUGAAGAUACAGUGAAAGCAGAGUGUGUAGUAAACACUGAAAAAGAGCUUAAGACACAACCAGAAGCUGUGGAGGGAAAAGUAGCUUCUGGGACUGAAACCGAAGUAAAAGGUCUUGGAGCCAGCCCUAAAAAAGAACUUAAGGUACAUGAAGGAGCAGUAGAAGAAAAGGUAACUUCUGAGAGUCAAAUGGCAAUGGAUGCUGUGUUUGUUGGUGGCACAGAAAAAGCAAGCAAAGCAUACAAAAAAGUUUCUGUGAUAAAGAUGACUUCCCCACAUGAUAACGUAGCAGAAGCAGAUAUUUUAGGGGAUGCUGAAGAGAAAAUCAAGGUAGAAAGAGAAAUUACAGAAAAACUAACUCGAAGUGAAAAUGCAGUAGGAAUGGGAUUUGAAGAGGAUAGUAAAAAAGAAAGCAACGGCCAAGGAGCUAGUACUGAGACAAGGGUUAUUUCGCAGGAUGAAAAUGCAGGGAAAGGAGGGCCUUGGGAUAAUCCUGAAAAAGAAGGAAAGUCAGAAGAAAAGAGUUUUAAAUCCCCCGAUGAUGUGAACGAGAUAAGGAGUUUGCUUAUGGUUACAGUUGAGAUACCAGCAGAUACUCCAACUGAGAACAUAAAGGAGAUUUGCAAAAGUGAGAUACUAAAGUUGCAGGAGCACAAUAAAGGGAAUAAUGAGUUGAGCAAAAUGGCUGCAGAAGAAAUUCAAGUGAGCCAGAUGAUGAUGAAUAAAGAUGCAGCAGAAUGUGCAGAGUUCAAGGAUGACCAACCAUCUUCAUCUAGUUUGGGGACAGAUGGUACGAAUUUAAAAGAUGUGUCCAAGGGGGCCUGCAAUAUAGCACAAGCAGAAUGGCUGGUGGAAAGCUCAGAUAUGCCUCAGGAGACAAAAGCAGAGGUGGAGAUCAGACAAAGUGUUUGGUACACAGGUGUGGGAAGCUGCAAAAGUGAUAGAUUGCAGCCAGAGGAACACACUGAAAAUGUGUCCAAAGUCAAAAGAUUAGAUGGGGAGGAGGGAGGAGCAGGGAAUAGCCAUGCCACUGUGGUGGAGACUGAAAGCUUUUUUCAUAAUCCUGCUGAAAAUGCAGACACAACACAAGUGCCCAUUUUGGAUACAGAAAACCCUAGAACAGGACUACUAGAUACGCCAGUUUCUUGGGUGCUGGAGCAGGGCGAGGUUAGUGCCAUAGAGGUCAUAGAAGAUACAGAGGCUGGUGAGGGUGAAGGGAAGCCAGGACAUGAAUCAUCUUCACACAUGGAACUAAAAAGCACAGAAGUAAAAGAUAUUUUCACAGAAGAAAACAGAGAAGAUAGUUACACACAACAAAACUCUGAGGAGUAAGAAGUGUUUUUCAAUGCAUCCCUGCAGGAUUUAUUUACUCCAGUAAUCUCUGUUUAAUUGUGACUACUUUGGGUCAGAGCUAGAGGAAAUGGGCUUUGUUGUGGUUUUACCAGCUCUUGCAGUUUUAGCACAGAACCCUUCCUGUGUGAUGGGUGAUAGGUUUCUUUUCAGUUAAAGCCCUCACUGUUUAAAACCAGGUUGCUGUUGGGAACCUCAUCUAUCAUUCAAAAUUUGCUACCUUUUGUGGUUAUAGAAAAAAGUCUGAAAAUAUGACCACUGGAUGGUUCAAAAGCAACUCACCCCCAAUUAUAAAGUUAUUUUAACAACUUAACUGUUCUUAGUUUUUUAGAAAGGGAGUGGCUCAUGGUUUUUAAGUACAUGGAUUUGACAAGUACUGCUGUGAUUCUUAGGUGGUUGGUACAUACAUUGCUAUUCACGGAUGCUUUUAGUAUUUGCAUGUAGAAUACGGGAAAUAAAUAAACCCUUUAGUAGUUAAACAGAACCAAAUAAUUAAUUUAGAAAGUUGCUCAAAAGCCACACUGUAUGCAAACUCUGCAAACUGAUUACUUUAAUAUCCACCACAACUUUAAAAUAAUUAAGACAAGCAAGUGUUCGGACUUUUUGUUUUUUUUUUAAUUGCUGUAUUUAAAAUGGGGAAAAUAUGGGAGCAGGUUUCUCAGUCCCGCUGUGUACUUCUAGGUUAUUUAGCCUUUCAGAGCACUUUAUGGCUACUUUAUUUUGUUUAAUUUUAUGGAAGGGAAGAUGAGAAUGUUUACAACAACUAGAACUAUUAGGCAGCAUCUUUCUGUUUUACCUCCCGCCAUAAAAUAUAUUCAUUUACGGCUGUCUAAUACAGAAUAUUCAUAAUUCUGCCAUUACCAUUUUUACUGAGUAACCCAGUUCUGUAAGUCUUUUGAGGUGCAAAAAUUAUAUAAUAAAUGACAAUAAUUGUGAAAUAUCAUAAUAAUUGUAUAGAAUUUCUAACGCAGAUGUUAAGCAAAGAGCAGCCAAAGGUUAUUCACAUGUGCUUAGACUUUGGGGGGCAGAAUCACAUUUCAAAAGCAGUUAUUGAAAAGAGACCUAUUGCUAUCAUAGGUGGCAUAUUAUCAUCCAUAUCAAAUCUAUGCACAGAGUUGCUUAUAUGCAUUAUCUGCAUAUUUACAGCACAUAAAAGCUUGGAAAUGAAAACCAGUAUUUUAGUAAAAUGGGCUUUAGAUUUCAAGGCCUCACUUCAGAGAUCAGUUUAAAGCACCUUAAAAUUUUUGCCCGGUAUUUCAGACUGUUUCUGAAUAAAUAUAAUACAGUACAGGACAGCAAAGAUUAAUAAUAAAUGAGUAAUGAUAAAUGCAGGAUUUACACCCAUAAAGACAUGGGAAAAAAUAUUAAAUUCUUGAGAGCAUAAUACUUGUUGGCAUUUAACUUCAACAAACUGUGCAAAGUCUAUUAUUUAAUGCUAUCAAAAUAUGCUACAAUACUAACAUUGAAUUGACACUAGAGGAACAGGCAAAUAUUACUGCACAAGAAAGGAACAUUGUUGAGUAACUGGAUCAACUGCAGUGUCACCAUUGUAAAAUAAAUGCAACUGCUGUUUGUUCUAGAAGUCAUACUGAGGUAUAGAAACGUUAAGGUCACGGAAGUUUUCCUUGCAAAAGUACUUUGACUCAUUUCCUCCUUGUAUUUCAUGCAAAAAUACUAAUUUGUAAACACACAAACCACUGUCAGCCAUUUUUUAACAAAUCAUUCAUUAUCUCACUGUAAGCCGCUUUGUUUUUACAAACCAUUAGCUAUUUCUAAUUAGUACUGGAUGUUAAGUGACUUCAAAUUUAUAAUGUGUUUUAGAGUUAAGCAGCAGCAGUCUCUCUUAGCCGUGAUAAAUUAGGCAACAUGACUGUUUUUCAUGCGACGUUGUAUGAAGGAGGACUAGCAAGACAGUGACUCCACAAAAAAGGCUGCAGUCUCCAAGAGCUGUUUAGAACUAAUACAAAUCAAGAUACAUCUAUACAGAAAGUAUUUAGCAAAAGCAUUCCCAUCAUAGUAAUUUUUCAGUUAUUUCUACGGCAGAUUUAGACCUGGGUAAUAUCUUCCUGUAACAUUGAAGGAUUAAGUUGCUGAAUACAGGUUCUCAGCAUUGUUUUUCUUAAGUAGGUUGGGAAAGAAGAGGGAAGAUUCAGCCUGUACAUUACCUUGUUCUGCAAUUUAAAUUGAAGUUCCUCAUGGCUAGGGGACGGAACCUUUGACUUUGUGGACAUUUUCUGUACAUUUGAAUGUUUGCAAAUGGAUAGAGUUUUGUCUUUACAUAGACUCGGGUGGAGGUGACAGCGAUUUAGAAGUUAGCAAUCCACAAGGUUAUGUUGGACCACGGAUCAAAAAGUACAAUAAUCCACCCAUUCAGUGAUUUUUGUCAAGUUCUUGGAAUUUCCUACACUUACUCAUAAUGAAUUAUUGUGCUUGUAAACUAGGAACAAUAAUAAAUCACCUUUCACCGCCUGGAAGUUUGAGGGUUAGGAACACUGGGGUGCCUUGAAGGGAGUGGCUGGGGGAGUGUUACUGCUGUUUUAUGGGAUUGCCAGUUUUAAAUGACAGGAUAUGAAACACGUUGUAUCUUGCUUAGAUCCGUGUAAAAACGCUUAUCAUGAAAAUAAACGAAGCUCUUCCCUUCCA